AUGAGAGGCUCACACCUCCUUCCUAAACAACUCCGCUCCCUGGGCCAGAGCGACAGCUGGCUGAAUCGCACAGUCACCUCGAAUCUACUGGCAGUUUGCCACGUUGCCUGCGGACAUCCUAUUCAUACCAUCGUUGCCAUUGCUCUUCUCGCCAGUACCUCCUAUGUUGGCCUAUUACAAGAGAGCCUGUUUGACAGUGGGGUCAAGUCUUUACAACACAAUGGUCGGGUAGACGUUGAGGCACUCCUGAAAGGGAGUAGAACGCUGGAACUGUCUCAGAACACCGCUUGGAAGUGGCAGUUCUCCGAGGAUUUUAGCGUCCCUAUAGUGUCGCUGGGUCCCAACCACUACGCUCUUACGACCUUCGUUUUCCCUGAUUCUUCCUCGACACAGCUGGCUCCCGAGGUAGACUCUGUUCACGUGCCUUCCAAUGUCACAGCCAACAACAUCCCGACUACCUCAAACGUCCUCUCAUCCAUCUCGCACGACACCUCACUCGCAUUCUAUGCUGCAUUUUCCGAACUCCCAGAUUUUCUGCGGUCUGUGCAAGAGCUCCCAGCACGACAUACACCCUCGACAGAUGAUGACUCCGCUCUCUGGAUCAUGAAAGCGGCACGAAUAGGUGCCAAUGGCUCGCGAGGAACAUAUGCGACGUGGUUCAAAGAGGGCUGGACCUCCUUCGUGGACCUGAUCAAGCAUGCCGAGACUCUGGACAUUGUCAUCAUGGCUCUUGGCUACUUGUCCAUGCAUCUGACUUUUAUCUCGCUAUUUCUUUCUAUGAAGCGCCUCGGUUCCAACGCCUGGUUGGCUGUCUCGGUCUUGUUUUCUAGCCUGUUUGCAUUUUUGUUCGGAUUGGUGACGACCACCAAGCUUGGAGUUCCUAUCAACAUGGUCCUGCUUUCGGAAGGCUUGCCAUUUCUAGUUGUCACCAUUGGGUUCGAAAAGUCCAUCAUUCUCACAAAAGCUGUGCUUUCUGCAUCUUACGAUACCAAGCGACGACCAACGGAGAAUGGGUCCGCCAACGGGAGCGCUACUGGACCAGUAGUUGCUCCAAAUGCACCAAACUCCAUUCAGGACGCCAUCCAGAUCGCGGUCAAAGAGACCGGAUUCGAAAUUGUUCGGGAUUACGCAAUUGAGAUUGCCAUCCUUGUUCUUGGUGCAGCUUCGGGCAUCCAAGGUGGUCUGCGACAGUUCUGUUUCCUGGCGGCAUGGAUCCUUUUCUAUGACUGUGCUCUGCUCUUUACCUUUUACGCCACCAUUCUCUGCAUCAAGCUAGAAAUCAAUCGCAUUAAGCGUCAUGUCGCAUUGCGCAGAGCGCUGGAAGAGGAUGGCAUCAGCCACAAGGUCGCCGAAAACGUGGCCACUGGCAACGACUGGCCGAGUGGUUCGGCGGAUCACACCGGAUUUAACAUUUUCGGCCAGAAGAUCAAGGCCAAUAGCGUGCCCAAGUUCAAGAUCUGGAUGGUCACCGGCUUCAUUAUCAUCAAUGUUGUGAACCUUUGCACGGUGCCUUUUCGCACCAUGAGCAACAUCAAGGCUCCGGGAGCUUCUAUACCAAGCGUUUUGACACCCGCGCCUAUCGAUCCUUUCAAGGUUGCAGAGAAUGGCUUGGAUGCGAUAUAUGUGAUGGCAAAGAGCAGGAAACUUGACACCUUCGUUACUGUUCUACCACCUAUCAAAUAUGAGUUCGACUGUCCAUCGCUUCAACAUGACGUUCAAGACGACCUCGGCUUCUUUGAUCAAGAAUAUACAGACCAGUUCUUGAACGUUGUAGGCGGUCGUGUCAUUGGAGGAGUCUUGAAGAGUCUCGAGGAUCCUGUUUUAAGUAAAUGGUUCCUCAUUGUCCUGACGCUCAGUCUGAUCCUGAACGGAUAUUUGUUCAAUGCGGCGCGCUGGAGUAUGAAAGAGCCACAGUCGUCGACGAGUUCACCAGAGGGUACGAAGGCUCCACGGCUGGAAUUAUCUGCGGCACCAAAACCCAAGCCGCUCAACCUCGACUUAUCAGCCACAUCAGAUCGAUCAUCAGCUGAGGCCGAGCAAAUGCUGAAAGAAAAGAAAGCUGCAUUCCUUACAGACGAAGAGUUGAUAGAGCUCUCUUUGAAAGGCAAGAUCCCGGGUUACGCCAUUGAAAAGACCCUAGAAAACCUAGAAGUCAUGACUCGGCUGGAUUCAUUCGUCCGAGCAGUCAAGGUACGAAGAGGUGUCGUGUCGAGGACGCCAGCUACCAAACAGUUUUCAGCUGCAUUGGAAGCCUCCAAAGCCCCCUACAGAGACUACAACUAUGAGCUUGUCCACGGCGCCUGCUGUGAGAAUGUCAUUGGGUAUCUACCUCUGCCUCUUGGGGUUGCUGGUCCCCUGGUCAUUGAUGGUCGAAGCUACUUUCUUCCUAUGGCCACGACUGAGGGUGUACUAGUCGCUAGCACAAGCCGUGGUUGUAAGGCCAUCAAUUCUGGUGGCGGUGCUACUACCAUCCUCACUGCCGACGGAAUGACAAGAGGACCAUGCAUGAGCUUCCCGACCGUAACCAGAGCCGGAGAGGCUAAGAUAUGGUUAGAUUCGGAAGAAGGUCAGAAGAGAAUGCGAGAGGCUUUCAACUCCACCAGUCGCUUCGCCCGAUUGCAAUCUAUGAAGUCGGCGAUAGCUGGCACCAACCUCUAUGUCCGAUUCAAGACAACCACUGGAGACGCCAUGGGCAUGAACAUGAUCUCCAAAGGCGUUGAAAAGGCCCUCAAUGUCAUGUCAACCGAAUGUGGCUUUGAUGAUAUGGCCAUCAUAUCACUCUCUGGCAAUUACUGCAUUGACAAAAAAGCGUCGGCCAUCAAUUGGAUCGAUGGACGAGGUAAAGCAGUCGUUGCUGAGGCCAUUAUCCCUGGUGACGUGGUUCGGAACGUGCUCAAGAGUGAUGUGAAUGCUCUCGUAGAGCUCAACAUCUCGAAGAAUCUGGUCGGUAGUGCUAUGGCAGGCAGUAUUGGUGGAUUCAACGCCCAUGCUGCGAAUAUUGUCGCUGCUAUGUUCUUAGCCAUGGGUCAAGAUCCGGCUCAGGUGGUUGAGAGCGCCAAUUGCAUCACGCUCAUGAAGAAUAACAACGGAAACCUACAAAUCAGUGUGUCGAUGCCCUCCCUGGAGGUUGGCACUAUUGGUGGUGGGACCAUCCUCGAAGCGCAGUCGUCGAUGCUUGAUCUGCUUGGUGUGCGAGGAGCUCAUCCCACCAAUCCUGGCGACAAUGCUCGACAGUUAGCUAGGAUUAUUGCAGCAGCUGUGCUCGCUGGUGAGCUUAGCUUGUGCAGUGCUCUUGCAGCUGGUCACUUGGUCAAGGCGCACAUGGCGCAUAACCGGAGUGCAGCCCCAACGCGGACUUCUACGCCUGUGUCUGCUGCAGUUGAACCUUUCCUUAAGGCUCAGAAUGGGUCUAACGUCCCUUCGUCACUGAAGAUGACGAAUGGGAAAUGA